UGGUUGAACUGGCAAGGUCAAAAAUGGGAACUCAUUCCCCCGAUGACGUAAUAUAACCUUUUCUUUUUCAUGGCCAAGUUGCGACUUCAUAGACCAAUUAUUAAACGACUGUAGAAAAUGGAGAAUGUUUCGUAGUUACUUAAAUUAAUAAUGAAGCUACUUUAACAACUUAAAUUAAUAAUGAACUUAAACGUGUCGUUUUGAAGUAAACUAUUGAAAUUUUCAUUUUUAUUAUCUUGGGAUUUUUAUACAAUUACCAGUUGCUAAUGUGUUGAUUUGAAAGAAUAUAAUAUUAAAAUAAAAUAAAACUUGAGAGUGAAAUGUGAUAUUGAGUUUUGAAUUUAAAAUUAUAUUUAAAGGUCCGUAUUAGCGAUGUGAUAUUGUUAGAAUUUACAUUUGAAGCGAUUGUAAGAGAAUGCAUGUUUCUUUACAUUGUGUAAUCUCUUUUAUAUUAAUGAAUUCAUCUAGAAAUUACAAUAGAAUUAUGACAAUGUGCUUCUUUGUUCAUACGCGAACGAAUGUCCUGUUGUACAUAUGUUAAAUAGAUCAAAGUCUAUUCGACAUGAAGGUCUCUUGAACAAUUUUUUCUCUAUUUUUCCAGCUGGUAUUUUCUAAUGUCAGAUUGCGCAUUUCUUUUUUACAUAAACAGCAAUUAUUGGCAUCAAUUACGAUUCUCUGAACGAGGCCACCCAGUGUACUGAAUUUUGCACUUAUGAAAGAUUCAAAAUUAAAACGAAUUUCUUCGACAGCAACUUAUAUAGUGGACGACGAUGAAUAUAUAGAUAGAGUGAAGAGUGCUUCGUUGGAAAACGCGAGUAUCCUGACGCCUAGGGAUCGUCAGAGAGACAUUAAUCAUUUCGAUAGAAGAAUUGAUAAAACUACCUCCAGCACGACAUUCAGCGGUAGAAAGUUUUGGAAUUGUCACGCAAGGCCAACAAAUGUCUACGUACCGGAAAAUUCUGUGAUUCAAGAAGAGAGCGAGUUUAUUGGUACAUUGACAAAGCAGUUGUACAAAGUUGAGAGUCAGGUGCAAAAAGUGCAAUCUGACUUGAAGAGAAGCGAAGAGCAAAUAAAGUUGAAGGAUCAGGAGAUUUCCCAAUUGAAACGGAAGGUGAAAGAAUGGGAGACCAAGUGCAAGAACCAAGAGAUUCUGCGAAAAAAGGAGCAGCAACAGCGACGAGUUGAAGUCGAUCAUUCCGAAUAUCUCUACAAGAGAUGUCUGAUGCUCGAACAGAGAAUUUACGAGAUGGAGAAAUUCUUGGCCGAUUAUGGUCUGGUCUGGGUCGGCAAUACAAACUGCUCGAAGUAUCCUGAAACGAUAGCCAACAACACCAUCGAGACUUGUUACGAGCAGAUUAUCACGAACAUCGAUCAGCUGAAUCUGGCCGCUGGAAAGGGCGAAGUUCACGUGCAGCACAACGAAAGAGGAAACGGAGCUUCGUUCAAAACCGCCUCUUGCAUGUCAUUGAAAUUCUACAAAAAUGGAAUGAUAGUUCAAGACGGCCCAUUACGAUCUUACAACGAUCCAACUACGUUAUCGUUUCUACGUGAUAUCAUGGAUGGCUAUUUCCCUUCUGAAUUACAGGAAGCUUAUCCAGAGGGUGUACCCUUCAAGGUUGAGGAUCAUAGAAAUCAAGUGUUCUUGAAUUCCGAUUUUCCUGGCCAAGGUUAUCGAUUGGGAAGAGAAAUGGCUGAUAAUAUACCGAUGUCAUCUAGACUUACUCGUAGACGUAGUAACCAGAGAUCGAAUCGUCGCAGUGCCUUUCCGAGGGAAAAAGACAGUCUAUAUAAUUUUGACUCCUCUAAAGAACUCUUUUCUACCACAGCUCGAUCGAAACUGAAAACUCCUUUGGAAGCUCCUCCUGUAGAAAUGUUUGUCCUCCGUUCUCAAAUCAUGGCAUCACACAACAACAUCUGCUCCGAUACUCAUUUACAAUCGCACAUUAAUGCAGAACUCGGUUUGAGCGAAAAGAGAACGACUCGAAGAGAGAAAGUAACUUUUUCAUAAAGAGUCUGAUAUCAUAUAAAAAAUGAAUGAAUUGUCUAUACAAGUAAUGCUUACUUAAAACUUUUUCUCGUAAGCGUGAAACGUCUAAGAACAGAGAAUAUGAAAACUCGGGAAGAGAGGCAGGUUCAAAAUCUAGAGGUGUUAUGAGGUUCCCAAGCUCUGGUAGAUGUUAUCAUACUUCCACCGAGAGAGCAUCUAAAUUAUCGCCCAAGUAAAAAUUUAUCAAUUGGAAUACAUUAGGUUAAUAACUUAACAGCGUUAUCCUCAAUUUAGCCGGCUAGAUAACGCGGAUGAACGUCUCAGGCAACGAUCAAGAUCCGCCAGCUUACCAAAUUCUCGAUUCUCCAUUACUUCAAGGUCAGCACCAAAGAUGAA